CGCGGCAUUCUAGCUUGCCUUGCCCGACCUUCUAGAAGGCGUCCCCUUUCCGGCAAAAUACAUAUGUAGGUCCAGCGCGUGUCGCUGAACCCUUCCAGCUGAAGGUGGUGAGCGUCGCGACUCUUCUUCUUGUCCUCCUCCUCCUCCUCCUCUUCUUUUCUUGUUUAAAAAUCGACAUCAACUGUCACCAUGUCAGACUUUGUACACGGCGAUCAGGCCGAUGCGAGACCUAGCCACGAUGGCAAGCACCCUCCCGCCUACGACGUUGAAGCCGCGGCCCACGAGAAAGAAUUGCAUGGGGAAACCUUUGCGGCGCAAGACGAUGUCCAUAGCGAUUCUGUCGAGGUGAUCAAGGCUCGAGAACUUCGAUCAAGAGGAUUCUUCAAGACGAUGCGCGAUGGUGAAGAAUGGCUCGAUGCCAAGAUGGGUAUUGAGACUCAGGGCAUCGAUCGCAUCCAUGAAGAAGACAAGAAGCCUCCGUCUCUGAUCAAUGUCUUCUUCCUCUGGUGGUCGCUUACUUGCCAUGUGGGAACUCUGCCAAUUGGUGUACUUGGUCCCGAAUUCGGUCUCUCACUCAAUCAGUCAAUUGCAGCUAUUGUUGUCGGUACUAUCCUCGGCGCUCUUUGCACUGCGUAUACUGGUACUCUUGGUCCCAAGCUCGGUCUUCGUGCCAUUGCCACAUCUCGAUACUCAUUUGGUUUCUGGGGAGCUAAGCUUUGCUCUGUUCUCAACGUUGUUAUUGGUGGUGGUUUCGCCGUCGUCAAUGUCGUCGUCGUUGGACAAAUCCUUUCCGCCGUCUCCGACUACCACAUGACAAUCGCUGUUGGUUGCGUAAUCAUUGCGGUCCUCAGUUAUGUGAUCUCCGUCUUCGGUUUCGCGCUCAUCCAUACUUUCGAGAAAUACUCCUGGAUCAUGACCUUCAUCCUGAUGCUCAUCCUUAUUGGCCAAGUUGCAGACAAGGUUGAUCCUAGCAUUCCAGGAGAGGACACCGGACUUGGACUAGCAGGAUCCUUCCUCAGUUUCCUCGCUAUCAACUUCUCGUCUGCUUCCGGAUGGUGUUCUAUUGCUUCAGAUUACUACUGCAACUACCCCGCCAACACCAAGUCAUGGAAGAUCUUCUUCCUGACUCUAUUCGGCAUCUCCAUUCCCACCAUCUUCGUGACAGUCAUCGGCGCCUGCCUUGGAAACGCAGCAGUGAGCUCUGAAGUCAACGACACGCUCUCAGCCGCCUAUACAAACCACGGCCUCGGAGGUCUCCUCUCAGUCUCCUACCACCCCUUACCAUGGGCCAAGUUCUGCCUCGUCUUCCUCACCUUCUCCGUGCUCGGGAACAACAUCGCAGUCAACUACUCCUCGGGCCUCAGUCUCCAGCUCCUCGGCCACUACUUCCACGCCAUCCCCCGCUUGAUCUGGUCCCUGAUCAACGCCGUUGUUAUCGCCGUCCUCGCUAUCGCUGGUCGUCAACAUUUGUCUGUUAUUGUCAGCAAUUUUGUCUCUUUGUUGGGAUACUGGACUGUAUCGUUCACUUUGAUCCUUUUGAUUGAGGAUCAGUAUUUCAGGCGUCGUACGGGGUAUGAUUUGAAUGUCUGGGAUGUUCCGGGGAAGCUUCCGUGGGGUGUGGCAGCUGUUUUGGCGCUGUUGACGGGAUAUCUGGCUGGUGGUGUUACGGGGAUGAGUCAAACUUGGUAUAUUGGUGAGUUAAACCCCCUUUCUUCAUUUCUGAUUGGAAAUGCUAACGAGUUGAAAGGUCCUAUUGCAGCUAAAUUUGGCGGAUUUGGUGGUGAUGUUGGAAUUUACCUCUCGGGUGUCUUUACCCUCAUCGUUUAUCCGCCAGCUAGGUGGUAUGAGCGAAAGCUUACUGGACGUUGAGAUGGCUUUGUGAUGGCAGCGACUUAUUAUAUAUGGCUAUGAUAUAUAAGUUUUUGCAUAUAUUUCAAUGUUUAAUAUUUAUCAAUUUUGAAA